AUGACCGACCCGAACAUGCGGGGUACACCGCCAGCCCGCCAGCCCGACUCCAAGGCCGCACCAACCUCAAGCUCAACCUCCAGCUCAACCGCAAACCCCUCACACCCGAGCACAGGCCCAAGCCAAAGCGCCAACACAAGCACAAGCACAAGCAACAAUGCAAACCCUCCCUCCCAACCCUCUCUCGCAACCCGCAUCCAAUCCUCCGCCACCGGCCUCGCCCGCUCCGCCUUAACAGGACCAAGCGACUACGCGCAGACCCUCAAUACAGCAACACAGGGCAAAACCGCAAGCUCUUCUUCAGCUUCAGCCUCAGCCUCAGGCUCUGGAUUAAACUAUGCCACAAACUCAAACAACCAUGCCCCCUACUCAUCCUCCGCACAACCACAACAACACACACCCGCACCAACCUUCCGCAACACCACCACCACCACCAACCAACCAGGCGCAUUCUCAAUCCCAAACCUAACCGAAGAAGAAUUCCAACGCGUCUACACCGACAUCGGGACCUACGGCCGAGCAUACUACGAUGCAGAGACAGGCACUGGCACAAUCACAGGCAUUGACACCGACACCUACGCCGACAUAAAUAGAUCAAACUUAAGCCAAAACGAAUCCGAAAACAACCAUGACCACGACCACGACCACGAAACCCUCCAAUCAAACAAUGGCCCCUGGAAAGGAAAACACAGACUCCAAGACCCAGUCCAACUAGAAUACACCACAGCUUGGGAACGUGCUAGUCCGCACACUUUCACCGCAGAACCAACGCACACAUACACUCCCGUCUCAACAGACGGUGACGCAAUCUCGGCACUCCUCUCAGAUCCAUCUUUCGACGCAGCUGGAUACGACGACGACGAGAAUUAUAACGUGGAUCUCGACCUUGAGGCGCAAUUGGCGCCUCUCUCGGAUGAGGAGGUCAAGAUGUUGGAGUCUUUUCGUAGGGAUAUGGACAUUGGGAUGGGUCCUGGAUCUGGAUCUGGAUUCGACAACAGAACAAUCCCACAAGGCUCCGUCCCACUGUCCUCAGUUAGUCUAGUUCCAGACAUCGACGCAUUUCUAAACGAGCACGACCCCGAAGCCGGAGCCGGGGUCGGAGCCGGAGCAGUCUCGCUUCGAGAUAGAGUGUUGUCUGAAUUACCGGGCUCGAAUGAGUGGGUUGGUGUGCAGGAGCGGUAUCAUGAUGAGGUUUGGGGAUAUUUGAGGCCUGCGCUUGAGGCGGCGAGGGAGGAGAUUGAGGAGAAGGGUGUUGAGGGGGAUGUUGAAGGGCAGGGGCAUGAUGGGGAUGGACCGGCUGUUAGGAGGUUGAAGAUGAUUUUGAAACAUAUGGGUGGAUAG